AUGGCUAUCCCCUCAACUGAGCAGCUGGCGGAGGGCCAGGGAGCAAAAAAGCUACACUUUGUGAUUGUUGGAGGAUCAUUGGGUGGUCUCGCAACUGGCCUUGCAUUGAAAGCGCUAGGUCACGACACCACGAUCCUAGAGCGCAAUCCCGCUCCGUUGCUCCAGGACCAAGGCGCGGGAAUAGUUGCAGGUGGAGACACUCUUGCGCUUUUUAACCGAUACAAUCGAUGCGAGCGACCGUUUGCUGUUCGCUCGGACAGGAGACAGUACCUUGAUAAGGACGGAAAUAUAGUACACAAGGAGGAAACGGUGCAAUAUAUGACCUCUUGGGAUUUGACGUACUAUCUCAUGCGCGCUAACUACGACGGCAUCGAGAGUCCAUAUUGCAAAGUGCCGGAACCUGCUCCGGAGCAUGGGAAAGCGACACAUCUACAUGAUCGACAAGUUGUGAGCUUCAAUAAGGAGGGUGACGGUAUUCGAGUGCACUGGAAAACAAGUGAGGGAGAAGAGGGAAGCAUAUUUGGUGAUAUCCUUAUAGGAGCUGAUGGACCUAGCUCAACGAUACGUAAAAUCCUUGAACCGGACGUCGAGAGGAAAUAUGCUGGUUAUUGUGCCCUUCGUGGGACAGUGAUUGAGACCGAAGCUAGCGAGUCUGCUAGAGAAGCCUUCAGCCACCGGUUUACUUUCUUUCAUUCCCCCGGAAUCCAGAUCUUGGCGUACCUGAUUCCAGGAAAAGAUGGGACGAUCGAGCCAGACCAACGUCUCAUCAACUUCGUCUACUACACGAACUUCCCCGAAGACUCAACAGAGUUUGAAGAGAUUAUGACAGAUAAAGAUGGAAGACGGAGACAAAUCACUAUCCCUCCGGGUGCGAUUAACCCAGACGCCUGGGAGAAGCAAAGAGAGCUCGCGCUUGAGAGGCUCCCGCCACAAUUCGCAGAGAUAGUCCGUGGAACUAAGAAGCCGUUCGUGCAAGCCGUCACCGACGUUCUGACCCCUCAGAACGAGUACUUGGAUGGCAAAGUCGUGCUAAUAGGCGACGCGCUUGCUGGAUUCCGACCCCAUACGGUCGCCUCUACUUCGCAGGCAGCCUUUGACGCAAUGAUCUAUGCGGACUACGUCGCCGGAAAAAUAUCUAAGGAAGAGUGGAAAAGAGAGACGAUAGGCUUCGCGAGGUAUAUUCAAAAGAGGGGAGUAGAUAUGGGUAUACGAAGCCAGUAUCAGGAUCUUCCGCUGAAUGAACACAUCAACGAUCGCAAUCGAGCAUCAGUACCGCGGGAGCAAGAAAUUCUCCCUGAAUGGGCAAUUGUCAUAUAA